GUCAUCAUGGAAAUCACCCAGAAGCUGACAAAGUUUGCUACCCUCGACUACGAGGAGUACCUCCGCUUCGUGGGACAGUAUACAUCCUUUGAGCGGGCCGAGGUUCAGCGAGUUUUCCGAGAGUUUGACGAAGAUUCAUCGGGAUCUUUGGAUACAGAAGAGAUCGAGGGUGUCAUGCGCUCCUUCAGCAUCACGCCCUUCAAAGCCACGGUCGAAGCUGCCAUCGCUGUUGUCGACGAGGACCACACUGGCACAGUUGAGUUCCACGAGUUCGUCCAUCUGCUGACGGUCUACAAGAAGACAGAGGGCUUCUCACAAGCAGAGGUCAAAGAUCUUUAUGCCGUCUUCUACAAAUUCGCCGUCCCCGUCUCGGACUCCAAGCUCCGCGAGGUGCCGGAAUCCGAGAUGCGGAAUGCCCUGAUGAACUUGUUUGGCCCCCAGACGCUUAGCGUGGGAGUGAAGCUGGUGAACGAGGUCUUGGUGAAGAUACAGAAGAAGAAAGAAGAAAAGGCAGCCAAGCGAGCUCUGUCUCGUCAGCAGGGAGGUCCGGAGCAAGGGAUGAAGUUCCGCGAGUUCCUGGUGUGGGCGAGAUGUCUCAGAGAGGCUGAGAUCACCGCGUACAGACGCAAGUUCGACAAGGUAGACUAUACAAAGUCAGGCCUCCUGAUGCAGGACAACCUGAAAGAGGCUCUUCAUCACAUUGGCUACACUGCCUUGCGGCCAGAGGUAGAGGACCUCUUGGAGCGCCGAAAAGUGUCCAAGGACGACAUGAUCGAUUUCGAGUGCUUCGUCAAUCUGGUUCAAGAUUUCUGCCGCACAGAUGGGUUCAGCCGGCGCGAUGUCGACGAGUUUUUUGAGGUGUUCAGCGCUUUCGACAAAGAAGGCUCGGGCGAAGUUGGCGUCCUGGAGGUCGCCUCCAUGCUGCGCUGGCUGGGCUUCAGCAUAGAGUUGGACGUGGCCAACAGCUACUUCCAGUCCGUGAACUUGGAUGGUGCAGACCGGAUGGGCUUUGCGGAGUUUCUACGUCUGAUGCGGUUGCACCGCGAUGAUUGCCUCGGCCACAUGCAGGAGGUCUUCGACCGCAACUGCGAACAGGAACUUGUGCUGAAGCAGGACUGCUUGAAGCAGGUGCUCACGCAAAUGGAUCGGCGCGUCAGCGUCAACGUGAUAAGCCAAUGCUUGCAAGGCGUCAGGGACGCACGUUACAUCGAUUUCGAUGACUUCGUGCAGGUGACUGACAAUAUGCGGCGGCAUAUCCUGAACCAGAUGCGGAAGCAGGCGGGCUUCACAGACGACGAGGUACGAACCUUCCAGCAGGCCUUCGAUAAGUAUGAUACCGAUGGAAAUCGGAAGCUGACGCGGGACGAAAUGCCACCUCUUCUGGCCGAUUUAAAGAUUGAUCUUCGCACAGUGGACGAUCAGAGGCACUUCGUUCGCCCUUCUCUCAGCAUGGUGCUGAACGGGUGGUUCGUGACGAU